AUGGCUCUUGGUGGGGCUCCUGCAGGACCUGCUGGAACCGGAAAGACGGAGACAACCAAAGAUAUGGGACGGUGUCUUGGUAAAUACGUCGUUGUGUUUAAUUGUUCUGACCAGAUGGAUUACAGAGGGUUAGGCCGAAUCUACAAAGGUUUGGCUGAAUCUGGCUCUUGGGGCUGCUUUGAUGAGUUCAACCGUAUUGAGCUGCCUGUGUUGUCUGUCGCAGCACAACAAAUCGCUAUUAUUCUUACUUUCCACACUCAUAUCUAUCUAUCUAUCUAUCUAUCUAUCUAUCUAUCUAUCUAUCUAUCUAUCUAUCUAUCUAUCUAUCUAUCUAUCUCUUUUUUUAACACUCUUAUCUGUCUAUCUAUCUAUCUAUCUAUCUAUCUAUCUCUUUUUAACAGGGGUCAGUCUUCCUUCUCUAAUUCUCCCGCAAAUCUCUCGGGACUCUCUCUGACGACGGUCUCGUUCCCCGACUCUCUCUCCCGUCUCUCUCUUCCGUCUGGCCUCUUCCGUCUCGUUCGACCGUCUCGUUCUGAAUUCUCUCUCGACUGCUUUUCCCGGCUGCCUUUCCCGACUGCCUUUCCCGGCUGCCUUGUAACGUCGCAACCCGUAAUGGUCGCCUGCGGGUGCCCACGCACUCAACCUUUGAACUUUUCAUCCCACACUCAUAUCUAUCUAUCUAUCUAUCUAUCUAUCUAUCUAUCUAUCUAUCUCUUUCUGUUGAUUUUCAAGAUUUACACUCCUAUCUAUCUAUCUAUCUAUCUAUCUAUCUAUCUAUGA